AUGGUCAGCCAUGGAAAACAUAUUGCAAUAAUAGUCGAACAGCUUAAAAAAUUUAACCCUGAAAAUCAGAGCGUGGAGGAUUUCUUGGAUGAAUCAGAGAAGAUGUUGCAGACACUUGAUGUGACAGAAGCAAAAUUUGUGUUGGAUACACUAGCUGGAUGCAUAGAAUUUAAAUCUUUAUUGGAUGUAGUAGUCAAUGCCUUUUUUGUUCGGGAUGGGAGAUACUGUCUGAUUUCUGAGCGUAAUCUCUAUAUAGUUAUUUGUUAUCUGGCUACUUUUCAACUAGAAGAGCUUGGUUUUCAGCGCUUCAGCAGAAUUGUGAGAUCUCUGGACACUGCAAAAAUGCAAAAGUUUCUCAGAUUCUUCUUCAAUGCCUUGUAUUUGAACACAUGGAUAAAAGAUGAAUGGAGUCAUUUCUACGAUUCAGUGUAUGUAAAAGAGAACUGGAUUGAUCCACUGCUAAGAUGGCAGCCAAAAGUACAGCAACUGAUCCAACAGCUCACAGAUAAAUUAAAUUAUCGUGCUCCUGCUGUCAAGACUUUGAAGGUUACUCAGCCAAAGGAAUUUAAUUUGACUGUACCCAAGCCACGUGCCACUCCCAUACCUUCACCAAUACCAGUACUGGAAAAAAGCCUACCUGUUCCUCCAAGCACCUACAAACCUCCAAAGGAAAAAAAGCAACUAGAGGAAAUUAAAACAAAAAAUCGCCAAAAAGCUGAAGAUCUACUCCUGAAAGCAAAUACUUACAAGUUCAGGUGUGCAAGCAUGAAGCCUGAAAAGAGAGAGCAGAACAUACAGGACAGUAUGAAGAGUAAACCAGCAUUCCAGGCUCAAAAGAUCCAAAGCAAGAUUGACAAUAUACCUAUUAAAUUAAAUGCUGCAGCUAUUUUGAGAGAGGGUGCCCUCUAUCAGCAGAAAAUGGAACAGGAGCUCAAGAGAGUUGAAAAUUUGCUACAAGGGGCUAAAGACCCAUCUGAAUUCUUGGAAUGGCAAAAACAGAUGCGUGGAAAAGAUUUGGAAGAGCAGCUGGCUGAAAUAGAGUGUAGGAGGCUUCAAGGGAAACUGAGUUAUGAAGAGGCCCUUCUAGCCCAUCAGAACGUAAUUCAAGAAAAUAAGAGGAAAGCUGAUCUAAUGAGAGAAGAGAAAGCAGAUCUGAUGCACCAGUAUGCAGAGAAACGUCUACAGGAACAGAAAGAAAUGAGAGAGCUGGUGGAGCAGGUCGUGGAAGGACAUAAGAGUGCAAAGCAAGCAAAAAUAAAGCUCAAGAAAUACAAGCAGCAGAUAGUUCAGGAGGUUUCUGAAGAAAAUCGAGAACUUCUUCGGCAAGCUUUAGAAGAAGAGGAGGAGAAGCUUAGGAAAAGAUACGAACUAAUUCAACAAAUACGAGCUAUUGAGUCUUUACCAAGCCUCAGACACAAGUUUGUUGAUUUAACUGAGACUGGUGGCCAUGGUUUAAUUUGUGAAAUGUCAAUAGUAGAACUACGUGAACGCCUUGCUCUGCUCAGAGAAGCACAGAAGGCAGCAGAGGAAGAGAAGAGAGACCAGAUAAUUCAUGAAAAACAAGCUAAGGAACAACUUCUUCUAGACAAACUGGACCAGAUUUCUGUGUUCAGAGCAGAACUCGGACGAGCAGCUGCUUUAAAGCAAGAGGAGAAGAAAAGAAAGUCCCAGUUUGGUGAAAGGCCUAUGAAAGAUGAACGCAUUUUAAACCUGCAGCAGAAGAUUGUAGAAAAAACAAUGGAGCGUAAAAAGCAAGCAGAACUCCUGAAGACUACCCCCUGGAAAACCAGCAUCCCAUCAAGGAAGGAUUCUUUGCAAUGGAACCACUGGAAAGAAGUGGAAGGGAGUCGGGAACGACAGUUCAAGAUCCUUCAACAUGGCUUCAUGGCCAGAGAAACAGAUCAGAAAAUGGCUGCCUGA